UUGUCCAAACCCACGGUGAUACCCCAUCAGGAGGCCAUCGUUUGACACUGUUGCGUGUGUUUGUUUACACUGUACAGUGAGAAUUAAUCGUCUUCAAUACAUGAGCGGGCGGCAUUACAAACCCGAAGCUGUAGAUGCCAACGGGAUCGCAGCUUUUGGAUUUUGGCACCACACGAGAAGAAGAAAAGUGCACCAAUAUUUUCAGAUUUCCACACUGUUCAUGGUUUUCCUCUGCCUGGACUUGAUCCGAAUUUGACCCGAACUUUCAGGCCGGAAAUUUAUCGUCUUGGUGGUGUGCAACUUCCAACCAUGAUUAAGGUUUGGCUUGUGAUGUUAAUGGUCCUCUCUAAUUGGCUUUCUUCGUCUGGGGCUGGCGUGAAUAGUUCAGCAAUACCCGAAUUUGUAAAUAUUGGAGGACUCUUCUCUUUCAAUAGCACCGUUGGUAAAAUUGUAAAAAUAGCUAUUGAAGCAGCGGUUGCAGAUAUAAAUUCCGAUCCUUCCAUUCUCGGAAAAACUGAUCUGAGGCUCUCAAUGCAAGAGGACUCCAAAUACAGAGGUUUUCUCAGCAUUUCUGAAGUCUUGCGGCUCAUGGCAAGACACACUGUGGCUAUAAUUGGUCCCCAGACAUCUGUAACAGCUCAUGUCAUAGCUCAUGUUGCCAACGAGCUCCAAGUUCCGCUUCUAUCAUUUUCAGCUACAGACCCUACACUCUCUUCACUUCAAUUCCCAUUCUUUGUUAGAACUGCUCCUAGCGAUAUUUAUCAGAUGACUGCAAUUGCUGAGCUUAUAGACUUCUAUGGGUGGAGAGAGGUUAUUGCAAUUUAUGUUGAUGAUGACCAUGGGAGGAAUGGAAUUGGUUCUUUAGGGGAUAAGCUUGCAGAGAAACGUUGUAAAAUCUCAUAUAAAGCACCGAUAAGCUCUGAAGCAACUAAGGAGGAGAUUACUGAUGUGCUUGUUCAGGUGGCUCUUGCUGAAUCUCGGGUUAUAGUUCUUCACGCUACUUCUGUUUGGGGCCCCAAGGUGUUUAAUUUGGCAAAAUAUCUUGGGAUGAUGGGAUCUGGCUAUGUCUGGAUAGCCACUAACUUUCUCACUACUAUUCUGGACUCUGAGAAUCACAUCCCCUCAGAUCAAACAGAUGAAAUUCAAGGAGUUCUUACACUGCGUGUGCACACAUCUGAUUCAGAGCUAAAGAGAAAUUUCUUUUCUAGGUGGAAAAAUCUGACUCGUGGAAUGACUGCCGAUGGUCCACUCGGAUUGAACACUUUUGGCCUCUAUGCAUAUGAUACUGUUUAUAUGCUUGCUCAUGCACUUGAUACAUUUUUCAAACAAGGGAACCGAAUCACGUUCUCAUAUGACCCGAAGCUAUCUGAACUACGUGGAGACAACUUGCAUCUUGAUGAGGUGAACAUCUUCGAUCAAGGAAAUCUGUUGCGUACCAAUGUUUAUGGGGUUAAAAUGACUGGAGUAACAGGUCAUAUUAAGUAUGCAUCUGAUGGAAAUCUUAUGAAUCCAUCAUAUGAAAUCAUCAAUGUGAUAGGAACAGGUGCAAGGAGGAUCGGUUACUGGUCUAAUCACUCUGGAUUAUCUGUUGAUCCUCCGGAAGUACUUUAUUCAAAGCCAGCCAAUCAUUCCAGUGUGAAUCAAAAGCUACUCCCCGUUAUUUGGCCUGGAGAAACAACCCAGAAGCCUCGUGGUUGGGUUUUUCCAAACAAUGGAAGGCACCUAAGAAUUGGAGUACCAAGAAGGGUUAGUUACCGAGCGUUUAUCUCACAAAUACAAGGCACUGACAUGUUCAAGGGAUUCUGCAUUGAUGUAUUCCUUGCUGCAGUGAACUUACUGCCCUAUGCUGUUCCCUAUAAGUUUAUUCCAUUUGGGGAUGGUCAGAGCAAUCCUAAUAAGACUGACCUUGUUCGUAUGAUCACAGCUGGCGUCUUUGAUGCUGCAGUAGGUGACAUUACAAUUACAACAGUAAGAACAAGGAUGGUGGAUUUUACUCAGCCGUAUAUCGAGUCUGGUCUAGUAGUAGUAGCACCUGUUAAGAAGGUAGAAUCCAAUGCGUGGGCUUUCCUGAGGCCAUUUACACCAAUGAUGUGGUGUGUCACUGCAAUCUUCUUCUUAGCGGUGGGAGCUGUUGUUUGGAUAUUGGAGCAUAGGCUGAAUGAUGAUUUUCGAGGACCUCCCAAAAAGCAAGUUGUGACAAUUUUGUGGUUUAGCUUUUCAACUAUGUUCUUUGCUCACAGGGAAAAUACAGUGAGCACACUUGGUCGCUUCGUGCUACUUAUAUGGCUAUUUGUGGUUCUUAUAAUUAAUUCAAGUUACACAGCAAGUCUGACCUCAAUCCUUACAGUACAACAGCUUUCUUCCCCAAUUAAAGGCAUUGAAAGUUUAGUAAACAGCAAAGAACCUGUUGGCUACUCACAGGGUUCUUUCAGUCGAGAUUACUUAGUUGAGGAAGUUGGUAUUCAUGAAUCAAGACUAGUUCCUCUGAAAAAUGGAGAUGAGACUGCUAAAGCAUUGAAAAGUGGUCCCAAAAAUGGUGGUGUUGCUGCAUAUGUCGAUGAGCGUGCUUAUGUUGAACUCUUCCUUUCAAGCCGGUGUGAUUUUACCAUUGUAGGUCACGAGUUCUCCAGAGAUGGUUGGGGAUUUGCAUUUCCAAGAGACUCUCCUUUAGCAGUUGACCUAUCAACAGCUAUUCUGGAACUGGCAGAGAAUGGAGAUCUUCAAAGAAUCCAUGACAAAUGGCUCUUGAAUAGUGCGUGCUUAGCUCAAGGCGCAAAGCUUGAAGUGGACAGACUUGACCUCAAAGCCUUCUGGGGUCUCUAUCUGAUGUGUGGACUCGCUUGCUUGCUUGCUCUUCUCAUCUAUUUCAUACAGAUGAUGAGACAAUACACCAAACACUAUUCUGACGAACUCGAGUCUUCCGGCAGGAGCUCCAUGUCCUGGCACCUCCGGACUUUCCUGACAUUUGCGGACGAGAAAGAGGAGGAAAUUAAGGACCGGUCCAAGCGCAGGCAAAUGGAAAGGAUCUCAUACAGAAGCAAUAGCACUGAGGGUGGAUCAAUGUCAUCACCGACCAUAUACUCCAACAAAGGAUAUGCUCAAUCCUCUUCAAACAAAAGCAUUGAUUGUAGUUAUGACGCCUGAUCAUCUCCUGCUUACUUCCACAACACGUUAUUAUCGCUUGUCCGAGAGAGAAGAGAUACAGAUAAAUAUAGGUUUCAUUGUUGUCUCUAUCUUUCUCUUCACUUUACUCGGAUAGCAUUUUCCACCUCUUAGAUAGAUAGAUAGUUAGAUAUACAUGCAUGCAUGUAUAUGUAACCGUUAUAAAGAAAGAAACAUAGGAGAGGAGGGGCUAGGUGAGUUUUCAAUUUUUUUCCUAUUCAUGGUUCUAUGUAGAAUGUAUGUAGAACGAUGAAGUGAAAUGUUAAUGACGGUACACCUAUGUUCUCAGUA